AUGAAGUUUCUCUCCAGCUCCCUACUCCUCACCUCCGUAGCCGUUGUCUAUGGGGGAUCAAUUCCUGCCUUCAUCCCGGAAAGAACUAGUUCUCUCGAUACACCACUCGGAAUCAGUUUCCCGGCGCUUUAUGACCUCCGCCAGCCUCUCGCUUCAUCCACUGACACCGGAACUGGCUCUUGGUGGGCUGCCACCUAUCUCAAAUCCUCCAACAACACAAAUUAUCUCCUAAUCUCCCACCUCAUGACUGCCCCAGGCCUAAUCCGAGCUUCCCUUCUCGACCUAGACACACUAUCACUCUACAAACAAUUCUAUAUCCCCAUCGUGAAUGUCCCCGCCAUCAGUGUUGGCGGGCUCCUAAAUGUCAGCAUUCCAACGCAGUACGGCUUCAAAGCCAUUGGAUCCGACGGUCUCCCCGCUUUCCACACGUGGGCCAAGGACCCUCAAUUCUCUUACAACAUCACCUUCCAGCCCACCUCUCCAAUCAUUUAUAAUGCCGGCGCGGGAGGUUUCUUGCUCGGCCUCGCCCCUACAUACCAGUACAGCGUGCCCUCCGCGUUCACAACGGGGACUCUCCAGAUUGGUGAUGGCGAGGAGCUCACGAUUGAUGAGGAUAACUCGUUCACCUGGUUUGACCGCCAAUGGGGAGCCGGCCUUCCUCUCACAGGGAACUUCACGUGGUUCCAUGCUCACCUCGGUGGAGGGGUCAAGUUGAGUAUCUGGGCGGCGGAUAGCGAGAUCCCAUACCAGAGGACUAGGUUCGCGACGAUUAGGAGGGCGGAUGGGGCGCUGGAUGUGAGGGCGAUUGAGUUUGAGCCGGACUAUAGUAAUGGCGGGUAUAAGUCAACAAGGCUCAACAAUGUGGUUUAUGCUACUGCAUGGACGGUGAAGUUUGGCGAAGAGGCAUUGAGGAUUGAGAGUGUGAGGAAGGAUCAGGAGAUGGUUGGGUCAGUCGGACUGGUGUCUACUUACACGGGGUAUAUUACUGUGAAGGGCAAAUUUGAAGGGGAUGCUGUUGACGCUUUUGGCUCGACUGAAGUUAUCGAUUUUAAAAAUGGUGCCAUGGUGGUUUAG